AUGGCUUCUUGCCUCAACAGCAAUCCAGAUGGUGCGCCUGUCUUGACCACCGCUUCGAAAGUGGUCGGCGAAAGCUUUGCAGAGAGAGCUAAGAGCUUGCGUCAGCUUCUUGCUCUUAUCCAACAGAGUGGCUCUGCUCUCCUCGAGAAUUACCAGCAGCUUGAAGCACGGCAAGAACACUCCUCGUCCAGCUCUCGUGGAUCUGUAGAGUCGCAUGACAUCUACGAAAACACCCAGACGCUCUUGGGCGCCGCGGGCAUGUUGGGCGAAGUGACGCAGGAUCCUGGCCUCCGUUGUUUGCAGAUGUGCGGCUCCUUCUUUGAAGCUCGAGCAUUCCAUAUUGCCAUCAAGCAUCGCAUCCCGGAUCUAAUUGCACGAUCUCCCAAGGGACGUCUUUCUGCCGAGGCUCUUGGCAAAAUCACCGGUGUCGAGCCACGUAAGCUUGCUCGAGUCUUGCGUCUGCUCGCUGCCAACCACAUGCUAGCAGAGGUCGACGUGGACACGUACGCCAACAACCGUAUCUCUGCUUGCCUCGUUGACAACCCUGGCCUUAACGCUUACAUCCAUCACUACGGUGAGGAGCCAUACAACGCAGCCGGUGCUCUUUUCCACCAAUUGGGCACUCCGAAAGGAGACUCGUACGAUAUUCUCGAUGCGGCGUUCUCCGAUGUGUAUGGACGCAAGCCUCGAUGGGAAUGGCUCGAGGAGCACGAUGAGAAGACUGGCAAGCCUAGAGAGCAGCUCGAACGCUUUGGCCUGGCUAUGCUGGGAGUAGGCGAUGUUGAAGUACCUGGUAUCUUGGCCGACUACGACUGGGCGGGGCUGGGCCAGAACGCUUUAGUCGUCGAUGUCGGUGGAGGAGUCGGUCAGAUGAGCAUGAGUCUAGCGCGAGCUUUCCCUAAUCUCAGCUUUGUCGUUCAGGAUCGUCCGCCGGUCGUCGAGCAAGGAAUCAAAGUGUGGACCCAGCAGGCACCCGAGCUUGUAUCUCGAUGCCGUCUCGAGCCGCACGACUUUUUCCAACCGCAGCCGGUCCACAAUGCGAAAAUCUACCUGCUGCGUCAUGUGCUGCAUGACUGGGCCGAUCAAGAGAGCAUAGAGAUCUUGAAGAACCUCAAGCCUGCACUCGGCCAAGGUUCGCGCAUCUUGUUGGCAGAACAGCUCAUGGUCUGCGCUACAGGAGACUCGCGCCUCCGCUCCGCUCCUACGCCGCUUCCUGCAAAUUAUGGCUAUCCUGCCCGCUUCAGUCAUCAGCGUGACCUGAACAUGAUGGGUCUCAUCAACGGCAUCGAGAGGACCCCAUGCGAGUUUGAUGCUCUGGCAAAAAAGGCUGGUCUUAGAGUCAUUCGCUUCAUCAGCUGCAGAAGUCAGAUCGGCCUGGUUGAGAUCGGUUUGGCAUAA